GCGGAUAUGCAUUGUGCUCCUAAAUUAUGUAGAUCAGACCACUCGGAUCAGACUCAGAGAAAGGAAACUUUAAUUAUCAGUUGUGAGAGACAAAGUGGGAAAAGUCGAUCAGUGAAUAUGGAAAACCGAGAACAAGAUGAGCUGAGAGAGCCAACAUUAGAGGAGCUUGGUUUACACUCCCAUUGUCUCAACUGUAUCUCUAAACGAUGCAAUGUUUCUGUGCAACCAGGGGUAUCAUGUGCGCACAUCUACUGCCCAUUUAAAUGUGGUGCCUACUUCCAUCAGUGUAAAGCAGAUGACCAUAGUGAGUUGUGUCCUAACGUCAGAAUGGAAUGUCUCAAUUCUGAACUUGGUUGCCAAGCAAUAAUGAGACGUGCCUUAUGUAUCGACCAUCUCCAGCAGUGCCCUGCCCAUGUCAUCAUGUGCGGCCAGUCGAUAGCAAAAGAUGACUAUGAUAGUCACUUCUGCACUGGUCAUGAUCACGAGUGUGAACCUGUUCUUGGAGAAUGGAGGGAGCAGCAAAGAGCAUUGCUUGAAGCAGGAGGAUCAGAGAGAGCAGCUGAGUCAGAUAGCAAAGAGAAGAAGGAAGGGGAUGACAUUACAGGGAAUAAGGCAGGAUCAGAGAAUGAAGGAGAAACAAGUGAUGAAAAGCCAUCAUCAGUACACAAGCGAGGGGAUCCUCUUCACACUGUACCUUGGCAGCUAUUAAGGGAUGAAGGACAAGAAGAAGGAGAGUUAGAAGGGGAAGAAGACAUAGCUACCUCUCUCACCCCUGUCUCGCCUUCUCCUGUCUCCCCAGCCCCUGACGAUGAGCACCUCCACCUCAGCCUGAUGCCAUACAGGAUCCUACAGGAGAUUGGUCUCCACCUGGACCGAGAGUCACUCAAUGAGCUGGCCCUUACGUCACAUUUCUUCAGGGAUGUUGCUGCAUCCCUUCUGCGUAAGAAAGGUCUAGUGGAAACAAGAUGGAAGAAGGUGGAUAACAAGUGGAUAGAAGACGGGAAGGUCAGUUGAUGGCAGAUUUUAUUCAGAUUUUUUUUCAAUUUAAUUUGCCUUUCAUGACAUUCCACAGUAACAUGUAUAUCUGUGAGCAUCAUGAUCUGCUCAUAUUUUAUGCUAUGCACAUUGACGAGAUGAGAGAGUAGUUUGGAAUAUUUCCUCACAAAGCAUUUUGCAUUUUUUUGUGUUUUUGGCUCAUCCGGCCCGAAGGACCUGAUGAGCUUAUGCUGUGGCGUCUGUCGUCCGUUCACAAUUUCAAAUGCUACUUCUUUGCCAUUUCAAGUCCGAUUUCAAUUCUGUUCGCUUUAUAAGAUAGCAUUAGGUGGGGGUUCAAAACUUUUACACAGAAUUUUGAAACUCAUUAAAUAUGCUAAUUUAUGCACGUUUUUCAAAAUUCACAAAAAAUGCUUCGCUAAUUUAUGCAUGUUUUUU